AUGAAGACCUCCUCCCUCCUCUCCGUCACGACUCUCCUCGCCGGUCCCGCGCUCUGCGCCGGCGGUCCGGACAACGCCCAGCUCCCCGACUCGGUCCCGGCCUCGGCCGUGCUCGCCACCGUCACCGGUCUGCCGGCCUCGGUGUCCGGCAAGCAGUACACGUCGCUCGCGUCCGCUCUGUACGCCGUCGACAAGUCCUUUUACAACGACCAGCAGUACACCACCGUUGCCGCGCACAUGUGGUCCGCCGCCGCCAGGGCGUCCGACUCGGAAAAGGUCGUGCCCUCGCUCGCCCUGUCCACGUGGGUCUGGAACUCGAUCACCUCGGCCGCGUGGUACGACAAGAACAUGCCCGGCGAGGACAAGAAGCGCGUGUCGGCGUUUUUGAGCGCCUGGGAUGCGCAGUAUGUCAAGUUUGUCGGCGGCGGCAAGGAUGCCAAGACUGAGGGUGAUGAGAAGAAUGUGGCGGCUGGGGGUAGUGCCGCGCAAAACUUGAUCGUUGUCUGUUCGGCGGCCGUGCUCGCGGGCCUGGCUGGCUUUGUCGCCGUCAUGUAA